UAUUUUCUAAAGGAGAAUUUCUAGACUUUUUAUGUAGAUUUCUAAACGGAAAUCUUCCACAUUCGGUUGUUUAUAAGCUUUUAAGUUUUUAGUAUAUUAUUAAAAAAAAGAAAAUGAUGUAGAGGAUAUUAGGAAGCUUUCUGAAGAAAGGAAAAAAAAGAAAAUUUAUGUUAGUUUUUUAUGAAUUUCCUCAUUACUAUCAAUUAAUAAAAUCGGGAAAACCUCAAAAAUUUAAAGAAGGACUUCACAUGAAAAAGCACUUUAGUAAUUACAAAAAAUAAGAAUUUUUCUAUUGAAAGAACUUCGUUUUCUGGAAGAUGCUUUUUUGUUUCAUGGAGAGUAUUUUCUUCUAAUAUGUGGAUAUUAGGAGAGUUUUUUAAAGUUUUUUAAAGAAUUUCACAAACAAUUUCUUUAUAAUUUUAUUAAUUUAGAAUCUUUUCUAAUAUAGAAAGUUAAUCUAAUAUGUAAAAAUUAACAAAAUUCCAUGAAUUUAUACACUAAAGAGUUUUUUCGAUAAUAUUAGAAUUAUUUAGAAUUAAUAAAGAAUCCCAUAUUUAAAAUAUAUAAGUCUUUUUUGAUAAGAGAAAUUCUUUAAUUUAAUUAACUUGAGAUUAUCCUAAUAUCAUAUCUUAAAGAUUUUCUGGUAAACUUUUUAUUAUUUCUAAUCCUAAAAUUAAUUCUUUUUCACCUUUUUGCAUAUAGAAUAUUAAAUUUUCAAUAAAAUCAUGCCAUGUACUAAAAUAUAUUCCUAUAAUACCUAAUAUAGAUAUUGCAGAGCAUAAUUAUCUUAAAGUCGGAGUUUGUAAGUUUUUUUCUAAGCAUUAGAAUAAAAAUAAUUUAAGUUCAUUUUAGUUUUCUGGUGUUAAUUGAUCCUCUGUGAUUAAUAGUUCACGUGAUAUUUACCAGGAUUAUUGUGAUUUUUAAAAAUUUAUUAUAUAUUAGUUUGCUUGUUCUCUAUUGUACUUAUUUUGUGAAUUCUGUAAUAUUAAAUAUUUUUCUAUAAAUAUUUCUUUUGUUAUAGAUUCUUACAUAAUUAAUUUUUUUAGCUUUUAUUUUAUUUUAUUUUAUUUUGUAAAAAAAGAUAAUAAUAAUAUAUUUUUUAUUUUCUAUUUAAAAUAAAUCUAAAUUUAUUAAAUAU